AUGGCAGCAGCAGGUGAGAAGAGAUUGCCCCAAGGUGUCCUCAACAGAGCUGACUUGCAGUUGGGCGUCCAAGCCUUCUUGCUGUGGGAUCCAGCACUCAAGGAGAAGAGCGCGUUUGAGCUGGAAAAUGCUCGUGAGGCUUUGAUUUUUUGCCAGCCUUUCUUCAAGGAAGACCGCACCAGGUCAUGUGCGCUUGCCUGUGCCAUCAUGUUUUUCACCAUCCUUCAGAUGACGCUGGACCGCCCUGGCACAGAGCCCACAGACUGUACAUGGACCGCUCACCUUUACACCAGGUCUGGACAAAUCCAGCCUAUGCAAGAGAAGAUCGAGAAAUGUCCAGCUUUGACAUCGCGCGGGUUGCUUGCAGGAAAGGUUGGUGAGUUGGAUAGCGCGCCGCAUUUCGAAGGCUGCUUCGCUUGCCUGGACGACUUGUUGGUGCAUAUGAAGUCUCCUGCGCACAAGCCUGUUUUCAAGGAGGUGUUGCCUCCUUUGUUAAAAUUUAUGGGAGGCGCUGCUGUAAAGUUUGUGGAGGGCGCCACCGCGCAGAGCGCGGAGGGGAGGAGCCACCGGAAGCAGCCGUCGGAGUCUGCGGAACAGGUCGACUCUUCUGCAGAGGAUUCCGUUCUGGAGACGGGCGUGCUGGUGGAGAGCACAAAGAAGCACCGGCGUCGUCGAGAAAAAGAGGCGCUGGCACCUUACGUACGCCUUACGCCGAUGCGCAUCCGGCCCUGGCCCUCACAGCUCAACGGAAGAAAUAAAGCGAAGAAGAAGAGGAAGUCCUCCAAGGACGGGAAGAAGAAGGAGAUAGCCGAUGCCUUGGUUCAGAUCCUUAUGCCGUCGAAGUCCAAGAAGGACAAGAAGGAGAAAAAGAAAAAGCCAAAGAAGAAGAAGAAGAAGAAGAGGAAAUUGAUGGAUGGCACCAUAGUAAGCUGCAGCAGCAGCUACGACUCCACCUCGGAGGAUCAAGAGGAGGAGAAGGACUCCAGCGAGAGCGACAUGGAGGCGCCUAUACGGAGGAAAUCUCGGGACCAUCCGGGAUCAGUAUUGGCCAUCCUCACGAGCCAUGUGAGGGAACAGAUGGAGCAAGGAGCCCUCACAGAAGUCCCAGAGGGUGGACCCACGGUCACAGGAGGGGUCAAAGUGGCAACUUAUUUUGCCCAUGUGAAACCGAGCUUCCCUCACCAGUUGAGGGAACUACGAGAGAUGCACUCAUUAGCAGCAACGAUAGAUUUGCUACGAAAGGGCGACAUAGCCCGCGUGGGCGACUCUCUGGCGGCGCGCUACAUGGCGCUGCACCAAGUGCUGUUGGACCAGAACUGGGCCACCGCCCGGCACAUGGAGCUGCACCCAAUGGAGGAGGCAGCCGCCGGAAGUCCCGCACUGGUCUUAGCGUCCAGGAAACACGGGCGCCUGGUGGACAAGGUGCAAGGCAGACCAAGUUCGCCCUGGGCAAGUUGGCAAGGAGGUGGCCGUGGCCGCGGAAAAGGAACAUGGAAGGGGUCGAGCGACUGGACUCCGACAGGUUGCCGAGUGGGAAAAAGCGAGAGACAAGCAGGAGGAGAAGUAAGCAUAGCUCUGGCAAAAGCCGUGAGCACUGAAGGCUGGUUGAACGAAGUGAGCUGGAAAGGCGUCCUUGAAGCCUAUGUGACCCACGGCCUAGCUGAGUUCCCGGACAUCGAUGGGCUUGAAAAAGAGUUGCUGGGGAAACGCGUUAACUACAGUGGGGAGGAAGUAGGCACAUGCCACAAGCUCACCUUUGAACAAAUAGCUCCAGCGCUUCCCCCUGCUGAACAUGGAGGGUCCAUUGAUGACAUCGAUGGGCUUGAAAAAGAGUUGCUGGGGAAACGCGUUAACUACAGUGGGGAGGAAGUAGGCACAUGCCACAAGCUCACCUUUGAACAAAUAGCUCCAGCGCUUCCCCCUGCUGAACAUGGAGGGUCCAUUGAUGUGUUGAAGUUUGUUUCCCAAACUACACGAAGUUUUCUGCUGAAUCCAGAUGUGAUGAUGGUGCCCAGGAGUUGCAGGGGUUAUUUCACGGGACAAGAACUGGGAGCCUUUCUAGACGGCAGUCAGCGGUGCAUGGGGCCCUCAGCCGAGCGGCUGGUGAAACUGAUUCAGGCAACCUUGUGGCUCAUCCAAAGACCGGUGAUGGCAAAGAGAUUAGAACAAGUGAUUGCGGGGCGUUGGGUACAUGUUUUUCAAUUCCGGCGCCCCAGCAUGAGCCUCCUGAGCACCAUUUGGGAAUACAUCUCCAGCAAGGGUCUGAAACUGAAUUUGCAGGGGACAGUGAGGACUGGGUUGAACCUGGAUAUUCUUGGCCAGGUGGAGAAGGUGGACAGAAUGCUGGGCAAGAAACGGUAUCCAUCACUGAGGAUUUGGCGCUGGAAGUACUCCUUGCCGCCACUCAGGAUGCUAAGGAUAGACAUAUGA